CGCAACGACGCCAUUUUGUUGUGUGCCACAAACGAAAACAUUGGGAUAUUUCUGGGGUAAAUCAUUAUAAAUACACAAAUAAUUUAAUAAUUUUUUUUAUAAAAAUAACCCUCGCGUAAUUCGAUAUUCGCGUAACACUUACGUAACCCAAAUAUAAGCAUGAGAAGACAAUCGCCCCCUAGGAGACGUAGGCCGGGACCGCCGCGACGCGUGAGCCCCUUACGUAACCAACCCGCGCCUCCCGGGGAGGAACACAACAACCGAAACCUCUGGACCGAGCCCCCGCACAACAACAAUAAAAGGGGAAGAAGUAGGGGCGGGUCUAGGCCGCGAGACUGGGCCCCCCAGUCGCCCCCCUUUAAACGCUCCUCCUCCGGGGUCAUGCACCCGGAAUACGAAGAAAGUUACUUGGAUACUAAUUAUAUGGGGCAUGGGGGGGAAGGGAUUAUAGCGGUAGACCCUUCCGUGAUGAGUUUUAAUAAUUACGAGCCGUUAACGCCAGAGAUGCGGAGGCACUCUCCUGUUAAGAGGAGGUCGCCUCCGGCUCGGAAACCCUUGUCGCCCCCAAGGAGGGCCAAAAGAUCCCCCAUAAGGAGAUCUCCUUUGGCGCAUAGGCCCUUAAGGAGGUCUCCACCCCCGAGAAGGUCUCCUCCUCCGGCAAGGAGGUCCCCGCUAGCAAGGAAAUCCCCCCUAAUACGAAGAUCCCCGGCAAAAAAAGCCAAACGGUCCCCCACACCCAGAAAAACCCAGAAAGAAGAGUCUGCGGACCGCAUAAACCGCUUGGAAAAAUUAGUGGAAAAACUAGUGGAGAACAAAGGGGGGGACAAGAACCAGCAGGGCCCCGGCAGUUCCCUGUCUCCGGGAGGGAUCCCCGAGCUGAUCCCCAGCAACCACCGGUUCACCACCUCGAUGUGGCUCAACGCGGUGCACGAGGAGUGCCUCAAACAAAACUACGACGAGCGGAGCUGCAUCAGGUUCAUGCAAGACAAAAUGACGGGCAUCAUGAAGGCCUGGUUCAAAACCGUAUCGAAUUAUGACUUCACCUGGCCCGAAAUCAAACUGCUCAUCACGAAAACCUUUCCGGACAACACCGACUUCGCUCAGACCCUGAAAUAUUUAGUGUCGAGGGACAAAACCCCCGAGGAAACCAUCACCCAAUACUACUUCAGUAAACUGUACUUGUGCGAGGCCUGUAAGAUAACGGGGGAAAGUGCCGUGUCGUGUCUCAUCGAUGGACUGAACAAUCCGUUUAUGAAGCAGGAUGUGCGCGCACGUAAUUUUUUGACCCCCGAGGCAUUAUACGGGGAGUAUUUGGCCAAAUAUCCGGAGGGUGAGGUGCAUCGGUCGGAGCACAGGGAGGUGGUACCAGAGUACCAACCGGACGACGAUUAUGUCCCCGUGCAGCAGGACGGGUAUCCGUCCCGCGAGCAGGAUAUACCGAGGAAAUCGCGCCCCCUGGUGCCAAGGUGUCUCACCUGCAAGAAACUGGGGCACACCACCCUGAUGUGCAGACACGCCCCCAUUUGUUACAAGUGUAAGAAGAAGGGACAUAUUGCCGCCAAGUGUUUUUCCUCGAAUGCACACUAAACGGUGAAUUUAUUUUUUGUUUGGGGUUUAAAUCAGGACAAAAUUUGUAUUUUUUAAUUUACGGUAGGGUUCAGUCAGGUCAAGAGAUGUUCCCUUGAAUACCAACCUUGUUUAUGAUGUAAGAUACACUUUGCUUCUUUUUUUUUUUUUGAUUGUUUCUAAUUGUAACAAUUCUCGGAAGUGUUUUUUGAGAGUUUAGGGGUAUUCAUUCGGUUUUGUAGAUCUUAAGACAUUAUAUAUAUAUAUAUAUACGAUUUGUAAGUCAAUAUAGAAAGUGUGCAAGUUUU